CUACAGUGGAGGAGCCGUACAGGACCUGUUUCACUGCAGGGGGAUCCAAAACAAGCCCUGUGGAGCCGCAGCUAGAGCUACAGCAGCCGCAGGACACUGUGUCUCUCCCUCUGUCCCCCCUUCCCCACGCAACCCCAGAUCCAUUUACACUUUACAAAGCAUCCUGCACCGUGCAACAAGUCCCGAGGGUGGUCCUUUCAAGCUGCAGAUCUGUCUGUCAUCCUUCUCCAACAGUCUCUUCCUCCACUCCCUCCACAGGGAAGGACAUCACAUGUCAGAUUGCAGCGUCCUGGAACAGAAUGAAAGGAUCUGUGUUCAAACGGCAAAAGUAAGGUUACAGUAGACCCUGAGCAAAACAGAGUGGACUCCAGCCUGCACGAAUGAGCUUGAAACAGGAAUGGUUUGGGGUUCAGGCCUCUUACACUGAGUUUCUCUACUGCCACCCUUUCUACUCAAGCAAAAUCUUCAAGAAAAGCUCUCCCACGAAAGAAGCGGCUGCUUGCAGCUUUACACUGUGAUGAAGGCAAAUGGUACAGUUUUCCAAAGAAAAUAGACCAAAACUUUCUUCUUGAGAAGAAACGAACCUGUUGUUGGCAGAGGGUAUUUCUAACCUCUCUGUGAAAGAAAGAAAGACAACACCAGAGCCUGGGCGGCCCAGCUACUGAAGGAAGUUUCCAUGGUAAAGUCUAAGGGAGGCUUCCUGGGAGCAGAGCGUAGUGAAUGCUGUGUUGGGGGAGCCUAGCAGUGACCCACACAAACCCAGUUUGGAGGUAGAUGUCAGAGUUGCUUGCUCAGUGCAGCAAAGAAUCCGGAGCUGCUACUGCCAGCCUAGAGAACCCACGGGGAGAUGAUUCCUCAUGAAGGGCCUGGAUCCCCUACAGAAAUCCAAUGUGACUCUCUGUUUAUCAGACUAAAACCAGAGGCAACCAGACAGUGAAACAGCCACCGUGGAGGGGGGACGGCGAAAAAUGAAAUCCAACCAAGAGCGGAGUAAUGAAUGCCUGCCUCCCAAGAAACGUGAGAUCCCCGCCACCAGCCGGCCCUCUGAGGAGAAGGCCACUGCUCUGCCCAGCGACAACCACUGCGUGGAGGGUGUGGCAUGGCUCCCCAGUACCCCUGGCAGCCGCAGCCAUGGGGGUGGGCGGCAUGGGCCAGCAGGGACUUCUGGGGAGCAUGGUUUACAAGGAAUGGGUUUACAUAAAGCACUGUCCGCAGGGCUGGAUUACUCCCCACCCAGUGCCCCCAGGUCAGUCCCCACAGCCAACACGCUGCCCACCGUGUACCCUCCUCCUCAGUCAGGGACCCCAGUGUCUCCUGUGCAGUAUGCCCACCUUUCUCAUACUUUCCAGUUCAUUGGGUCCUCCCAAUACAGUGGGCCUUACGCAGGCUUUAUCCCUUCUCAGCUGAUCUCCCCACCAGGCAACCCGGUCACCAGUGCGGUGGCCUCCGCUGCAGGGGCCACCACACCAUCACAGCGCUCCCAGCUGGAGGCAUAUUCCACCCUGCUGGCCAACAUGGGCAGUCUGAGCCAGGCACCAGGACACAAGGUUGAGCCCCCUCCACAGCAGCACCUCAGCAGGGCUGCGGGAUUAGUCAACCCAGGGUCCCCUCCACCCACCCAGCAGAACCAGUACAUUCAUAUUUCCAGCUCGCCACAGAGCUCCGGGCGGGCAACAUCUCCUCCACCCAUCCCGGUCCACCUCCAUCCCCAUCAGACGAUGAUCCCGCACACACUCACCCUGGGGCCUUCAUCCCAGGUGGUUGUGCAAUACAGUGAUGCUGGAGGCCACUUUGUUCCUCGAGAGUCCACCAAAAAAGCAGAGAGCAGCAGGUUGCAGCAGGCUAUGCAAGCCAAGGAGGUCCUGAAUGGGGAGAUGGAGAAGAGCCGGAGGUAUGGGGCAUCAUCUUCUGUGGAGCUGAGCCUGGGGAAGGCAAGCAGUAAGUCAGUGCCUCAUCCCUAUGAGUCCAGGCAUGUGGUGGUCCACCCAAGCCCAGCAGACUACAGCAAUCGUGAUACCUCCGGGGUCCGUGGAUCUGUGAUGGUCCUGCCCAACAGCAGCACAUCCUCAGCAGACCUGGAGGCACAGCAGGCCACGCAUCGAGAGGCCUCCCCAUCCACCCUCAAUGACAAGAGCGGCCUGCACCUAGGGAAGCCCAGCCACAGGUCCUAUGCGCUGUCCCCCCACACGGUCAUUCAGACCACACACAGUGCAUCAGAGCCUCUCCCGGUGGGCCUACCAGCCACGGCCUUCUAUGCUGGCACUCAACCUCCUGUCAUCGGCUACUUGAGCGGCCAGCAGCAAGCAAUCACCUACGCUGGCGGUCUGCCCCAGCACCUGGUGAUCCCAGGUACCCAGCCUCUGCUCAUCCCAGUGGGCAGCCCUGAUAUGGACACACCUGGGGCAGCCUCGGCCAUAGUGACGUCAUCACCCCAGUUUGCUGCAGUACCUCACACGUUUGUCACCACCGCCCUGCCCAAGAGCGAGAACUUCAACCCGGAGGCUCUGGUCACCCAGGCUGCCUACCCAGCCAUGGUACAGGCCCAGAUCCACCUGCCGGUGGUGCAGUCUGUGGCAUCCCCUGCCACAGCGUCACCCACGCUGCCGCCAUAUUUCAUGAAAGGCUCCAUCAUCCAGCUGGCCAACGGGGAGCUGAAGAAGGUGGAGGACCUGAAGACGGAAGAUUUCAUCCAGAGUGCAGAGAUUAGCAGUGACCUCAAGAUUGACUCCAGUACUGUGGAGAGGAUCGAGGAUAGCCACAGCCCCGGUGUGGCCGUGAUACAGUUUGCUGUUGGUGAACACCGAGCCCAGGUCAGCGUUGAAGUUCUGGUAGAGUAUCCUUUUUUUGUAUUUGGACAGGGCUGGUCAUCCUGCUGUCCUGAGCGGACCAGCCAGCUCUUUGAUCUGCCGUGUUCCAAACUCUCCGUUGGAGACGUCUGCAUCUCGCUCACCCUCAAGAACCUGAAGAAUGGCUCUGUUAAAAAGGGCCAGCCUGUGGACCCUGCCAGUGUCCUGCUGAAGCACGCAAAGACCGACAGCCUGGCUGGCAGCAGACACAGAUACGUGGAGCAGGAAAACGGAAUCAACCAGGGAAGCGCCCAGGUGCUCUCUGAGAAUGGCGAACUGAAGUUUCCAGAAAAAAUCGGAUUGCCUGCAGCAUCCUUCCUCACCAAAAUAGAACCGAGCAAGCCCACAGCCACGAGGAAGAGGAGGUGGUCGGCCCCGGAAACCCGGAAACUGGAGAAGUCGGAGGACGAGCCACCUUUGACUCUUCCCAAGCCUUCGCUCAUUCCUCAGGAGGUUAAGAUCUGCAUCGAAGGCCGAUCUAACGUGGGCAAGUAGAGACCGUGCGGGCAGCGGAGGCCAGGGCCUCCUUUGCUGUCUGUAUCCAGAUUACUGUACUGUAGGCUAAAUAACACAGUAUUUACAUGUUAUCCUCUCUAGGUUUGUAUUCUAACCUUGUCAUUAGAGUCAAACAGGUGUGUGGCAGGAGACUGGUGCGUUUGCAUUGUCUGCAAGUGUCUGCUGAGGAGCUGGCAGGGGGAGGGUGGUCAGAACUGUGGCUGUGGCGCUCCAGGGCAUCCUAGGUGGCCCUUGAAUGUGGCUUCAUCAGCACCUGCCUUCUCCAGCAGCACAGAGUCGAAGGGCAUCAGUUCCCACUGGUUUCAAGAGCAAACUCAGUGGGAAGUAACCUGCAAGGGUGUGUCUGGGUGCAUCCCUCAUGGAGGGGUGCAUGGGUGCGAUGGCAGUGAGUGAGGGUCUCUCUUUCUUUGCCCCUGUCUCCCUCACUUGCUCACUCUCACUCAUGGGAUUGGGGGACCUGGGUUUCCCACAUGCAAAGUCAUCAGGAACUCAGCUUCCAGGCAUUGUAGAGAGGCAGCAGACAGCAGAUGGAAAACUAGUUUCAAAGAACGUGGUUCUCUCCAACAUAUUUUACAAUAAAAAAGCAACUUUUAAUCAUAGAUAUAUAUAUAUAGAUAUAUAUAUUUCCCCCCAUGGGGCCUGACUGCACUGAGGUUUUGUUUUGUUUUGUUGUUUUUGUUUUUUUUUUUUCAGACAGCUGCCACUUUCGGGAUUUCAUUUCUGCUUUACCAGUCCGGUGACAUCACCAGGUGUCUCAGUGGGCAGGGAAAGUCCUUGCUCAGGUCACUCCUGGUCAGGCAGGUAGCAGUGGGGUUGGGGAACAGAGGGAGCACCCACACUGUUUUCUGUGCAGUGUUAGGGAAACCAAUCAGGUUAUUUGCAUUGACUUUUGCUCCCAAGAGGAAAAAACAAGCCUCUCCUCCCCACCCUCCCGAGAGAGCAAGGCGGCUCUCAGAGCUGAGCUGGCAGCAGUUUUUCUAUCUUUUAGGUCUAGUACUGUUCAUGACUAUGGACAACUCGGGUGCCACUUCUUUUUUCUCCUAUCCCAGUGUGACAUGAGGAAUUAGAUCUGGAAGAUGCUCGUCUGUUACUACCUUGUAAGCAGUUAAAAAAUGCCGUGCAGGCUUCUUAACCAAGCAUCUUGGUCUGUCAUUCAAAAAGUACUGUAUCUCACUUUCGACUCUUUGGGAAAAAAAGACAAACCUAAGUUGCUUUUGUUUUUUUUUUUUUGUUUUGUUUUGUUUUUUGUUUGUUUUUUGUUUUUGUUUUUCUUCUCAACACUGUAACUACAUUUCAGCUCUGCAAGAUUGCUCACAAGUCAGCAAUCGAAAGCUCCAAUCUGGUUUAAAGGGAUGAAUGUGAAUUAUGAACUAGCCCGUGACAAUAUAUGACCACCGAGUACUACCUGACGGCAGGCACUUGUCACUUUGACGUUGGAGAAAGAGUUAAAGGCAUAUGCAGAAUUGGCAGCAGAGAAACUGAGAAGAGACGCCGAGGAAAAGACACUCGAUUUUUGUCCAGUGUUUUUAGGGUGAACUCCUAAAGAACUUUGCGAUUUGCACAUCUUGAGUUUAUAAUUUGUGUGAUAUUCCUGCAAUUUUUACCUAAUAACAUUGUGGGAAAGGUUUGGGAGGGUUGAAAGAACAUAAAUAAAUGUAGCAAAAUUACUUUCUAACCUGCCUAGACCCUAGGCCCUUCUUAGAAGGUUCUGUCCCUUUGAGACUUCAUUUUUGUCAUCUACCACAUCUAUCACCAGAAGCCAGGUCUGAGAGUCUUCUUCAGAGUCAUUGAGAGUUUUCCACAUAGACAUUUUACCUAUAUGAGCAAGUAUUUUUCAUUUCUGGAAAAAAAGUGUUAAUAUUAUUUUUUUUAGAAACUUAGGUUUCUAUUUGAAAUCAAACAAAGAUCUAAUGUUUGGUACAAAAACCCAGAAAGGGUAUUUUCAUAAAGUCCCGAGUUUUCAUUCCCAGAGGUCAAAAUAUCAUUUGUGGGUUCUGAGUAUGUCUUAAAGUACUUUAAACCAAGUUUUAUAAAUAGGGAGAAGUUUUUUAAACAUUCUUACUUGGCUGGCUGCAACUAACCUAAAUAAGUACUUAUUUGACUUUUCUUUUUAACCAUUAAAAAAAAAAAAACAAAAAAAAAAAAAAACCAAACUUCUUCCAUUUCUCAAAAUAGAAAAAAAAAAAAAAAAAAAAAAAAAAAAAAAAAGACUAUCCCCUGGCAACCCACAUGCUGGCUAUCCAGUCUUUUGGUUGGGACUGAUGACCCUUUUACAGACCAUUUUCUGGGAUGUACCAAAAACCUUUGAUUAGGUCCAAAAUAGCUGGCCUCUCUCUAAACUUCAUCACCUGCUCCACAAGCUAGCAGAGCUGGGUGAACCCAUUCUUACAAUCAGACGUUUAUUUACUGCUGUGAUUCUUUUAGUUUUUAAUCUUUCUGUUCAGAGACCUUGCUUAAUCUUCCCUAUAUCUGCUCAGGGCACUGGCACUUACUAGGUUUUUGUUUUUGUUUUUGUUUUUAUUUUUAUUUUUUAACUUUCGAUGGUGAGAGGACUAGGAGGCUGCCACGGGCGCUUUAUCUACAACCACCCCUGUGAGCUCAGAAAACACACACACACACAUACACACACACACACACACACACACACACACCCCUCUGGCUAACUCCGAGGAUUGAACUGACUGUAUCCACUAAGCCGACACUAAAACAGGUAAACACACAUGGCUCAGAGCAAUAGGAAUAUCAUAACUUCUGUGGUUCUAUUUCAGGUAUAGGAAUUAUACAACUCAUUGGCUCUUCUGAAGCAUCUGUCGCACCUCGUUCUCCAGCUCCGUUAGCGUGUGCAAUACUUUGUGUGCCAAUAGUGUGCUAUCUGGUUAAAGGUCAUUACUUUUUGGCUUUUUCCUUGCUCUGUGGGCUGACCUUUCUUCCCCGUGCUGGCCAGAGAAAAGCUGGGGGGAUUGAGCCAGGAGAGGCGAGCCUCCUCGCCUUCCCCUUAAAAGGGAUGCAGAGUGCUAGGCUAGGCAGUCUAUGGAAGCCUGUGUGUCUGUCACCAGGACACAGUGAGAACCAAGGAGACCUGAGGGAAGCACCUUGAAGGCCCAUCACCGCACCUGGCCCUUCGAUCUGUACUGAAGCUGGAAUGGAGCGAGGAGGCAAACUGGGUCCUAGGACACACUCUGGAGCGAUGUGGUCUUCAGUGAACCCAUUUUCAGUCUCUUCUGAGUCCUUGAGACUUUGAUCCCUGCCUUUGACACAAGCAACUUAUCGCAUAUGUGUGUGUUCUGAGCAUGCCCACCAAUGGCUUUGGAGGGGACCACCAGGCAACCACAAUCACCAUUCCCUCGGGACAGCUUUCUCUUCAAAUAGGACGAGCACACAGAGGCAGGAGCCACCUCUGAUUUGCAAACAUUGGUGGGGCCCUCCAAGCUCCCAGAGCACCUGUGGUCAACUGCAUAGGGAGCGCGGUGAUAGCAGUGCCCUCAUCGGACAAGGAUCAGCCACGCGCCUCUGUACCUGUCCUCUUUGCAAUAGUUACCAACAGCCGUCUUUCAUUCUCUUCUUUCCUGCUUUACCAUUUUAAAACAAUGUAACAGCAGGCCUUUUUUGUGUUUACAACGGAACACAAUCACCAAGAAAUUAGUCAGGGCAAAAAGAAAACAUAAGAAUAUUACCAAUAGGAAAUCAGCAAACAAGAACCUCUUUCUAGGGAUUUCUAAAUACACAGAGUGACCGCUCCUUAGACUGUUUAACUUAGAAUUAUUUCAGUUUGUCUGGGCCACCUUGGGGUCAGGGGGAUGGGGUGGGGAUCAGGGGAGAGAAGGCCACGGAUACCACUUACCUCAAAUCUUUUUAAAAGUGGAAGUCCAAAUUGUUUUUGGGGGAGGGCGGGAGGGGGGACUUGCAGGAUAAUCGUCUAUGUUGGUCACAUUUUGCUUUUCUCAAUUCAUCCAACUCAGUUUGGGAUGGCCUGAUUUCUGUGGUGGUGGCAACAGAACGCCCUUAACCCUGAACCCUGACCUUGUAUGUUUUCUGUUAGGUGAGCUUGUUGGGUUCCUCCCCGCCCCGCUUACCCCAUGAGGAAGUGGCAGCGUCCUUCCUUCUCCCUUGCAAGGAACCCUGCAGAACCUUCCACACCUCUUACUCAGGGAUGGGGCUGGUGUGUGUGUGUGGAACACAAAUGUGUUCAGUAACAGCACUUUGGACUGCUCUGGAGUAGGGUUGUACAAUUUCAAGGAAUGUUUGGAUCUCCCCGCACCGUGUGGAUUGCUCCUUAGCUACUGCACAGAUUGCAAUAUAUUGCUGCUGCACGGUCAAGCCGAGCAGUAGCUCCUCGUAAUCAGAAAAAAAAAAAAAAAAAAAAAAAAAAUCCAUGCUUUGCACAUAGUUUGAUCUUUACUGAAAUAUGUUGCCAAAAUCUGUUUCUGUUCUAGCUAUGGACCUUUUCCUUUCUUUCCUUUCUUUUUUCUUUUAAAGAAACAAUUGACAAUACCUUGUAACAUCUGUGACUACUAAGGAAACCUAUUUUGUAGAUGCUUUUGAAGACACUAACACCUAUUUCAGACGCGGGUGAGGAGGCAGAGCUCUUGGGAUAGAAAGCCAGACUUUUUGAGUUGAGUUGGUUGGCAUGGCAACUGUUUCCUGAGCCAUAAGCCGCUCAACCAACUGGUCUGCUCUCUCCUGAAACCCUCUGAGCUCCCCAUUUCCCAGUCACCCCCUUUGACUCCAGGGGAAUACAGGGCCUCCAGUCUCCAGGGUCCAAUCCAGUUUCUUUGGUGGUUGAGAUGAAGGGCAAGAGAAUCAUUCUUUGUUGUUUUAAAAGUGGAGCAAAGGCCUUUGCUUCCACGGUUGUGUUUUGAAGCCAGGAUUUCCGAAAUAGAGAAUUUAAG